AUGAAGAGCCAGUUAAUUUUUCUUUUCACGGCUCUACUGGGGCUGGUAGCGGCUGGAAAACAUGAUAUAUAUGCCAGAAAUUCCGUCCACGGGAUCAAACUUCGGGAUAGAUCAGAACACCAGUUACUUGGCGACUUAAUAUCAACACUAGAUGUGGACAUCUGGCAAUAUGGCGAGCCCGAAGUACGAGACGCUUUGGUGAUGCUCACACCUGCAAACAGGGAGACAUUUUUAGCAGCCAUGGACGAUAAAGGAGUUGAGCAUUACGUGAAAAUGGCUAAUGUCACCAAAGCUCUUGAAGAGGAAGAAAAACGACUACUCAAAUCGAGCAGACAAAGCGACCAGGAAUUGAUCUUUCAAAAGUACCCGCGUUAUGCAGAGAUUGACGAAUACCUGGAGUCUAUAGCUGCUCAAUACCCAGACAUAGUGACGUUAGUUAACGUUGGAAAGAGUUUUGAAGGGCGCGAUAUCAAGUAUCUAAAGAUCUCGACCACAAAUUUCAUGGAUACCAGCAAGCCCAUUUAUUUCAUGGAUGCGUCAAUGCACGCUCGUGAAUGGGUCACCACACCAGUGACGUUAUACUCCAUCUACAGACUGGUGGAAAACCUGAGAACUGAGGACAAUGAUCUGCUUACUGAUAUCGACUGGAUCAUCCUGCCUCUUGUUAACCCUGACGGUUACGAAUAUACACACACGCAUGAACGUCUGUGGCGCAAAACAAGAUCCAUCAACCCAACCACCGAUACCUGCAUAGGAGUUGACGCGAACAGAAAUUUUGAUGUUGCGUUCAACACUGUUGGGGUUUCUUCGAACCCUUGUGCGAUGACUUAUCCAGGAUGGGAGCCUUUCUCUGAAGUGGAGACCAGAUACGUUAGAGAUAUUUUGUUUGAGCAUUUGGACAGGAUUCAAAUAUACAUGAAUAUACACAGUCACGGAAACUGGCUCCUCUUCGCGUACGGUGACCAAACGCUGCCUCCUAACGCAGCUCAAAUUCACCAGGUCGCCGCAGCAACGGGAGCAGCGAUAGACGCUGUCAAGCUUCCUCAGGCUGGUUUUUACAGAGUUGGUAAUAGUGCUAUGCUGUUGUAUGGGUCUUCUGGAAGCGCACAAGAUUAUGGUCAGCUGGUUGGUGUCCCGUUCUCAUACACCCUUGAGCUGCCAGGAUACGGUUAUGGGUUUCUAGUUCCCGAAGAUUACAUCGAUCAGAUCAACACGGAGACCUGGCUGGGUAUUGCCGUAUCUGCUAGACUCUCCAGGGCUUAUUAUUGGGCGAGAAUCAAUGCAAAUGCAUGA